CAUCACUAUCCAUCUUUGGUGUGUAGAUUCAAAGUGGCCGGUGAAUAAAGGAAAAACAGUGGCGACUCAGCUCUCGUUUUCCCUUUCAGAGAUAGUGAAAACAUUAGUGUUGUCCUGUCACCUGUAGAACUGGGAAAGAGUAUCUCUGACUUGCAUUCUCGCAAAUCUACCUUUGUCAGACCAAGUUUCGGUAAUGAUCAGUUGUGGCCUUUGCCCGGACAUGUCCUCUCCUUUCGUAUUCUUGGGGAUUCUGGGCUGGGCAAGUUGAAUACCCUUGCAUUCGCAUGAUUUAUGGUGCUACACGUUGGAUGUCCUGGCAAGGUUUGCUUCUUCAUGCGCUUGACGUCAGAGGCUCAGGGAUGCCACUCUGACUCCACUUCGUACUCCUUUGUGUGGGGCUCAGCGCUUGGUGGCGACCCCCAGUGCGCUCUGGCGUUUGUCGGAGGUAGGUCUUCCCAUGAAGCAGCUGCUUUGUUCCGUCUUUCACGAACUCUCCCUGCCUCGGUUACUUCACUCCUGCGAGGGGUGUGAAAGGAUGGCAGGAUCUUGGAUUUGAGUGAAGAUCUCUGCUGGAUAGUGGAUUACGAGGUUGAUUUCCAAGAUUUCAAGCGCCACUUUCAAGCCUGUGAAGACCUUUCUUAGCCUACGUAAGGUAGCAAUGAUACCACAUUGAUUGUUAUAUACAAUACAGACAAGUCCGAGGUUACAAGAACGGCAGUUUACGAUGGCGAUCUCUAGGAGCCGUAAGAUUAUGAUCACAAAAGCAAUAGCUUUUGUGGUUGGUGGGACGUUUGCGAUCUUUCUGCUGCAACUUUAUUACUUGGAAGAGCCGCUACAAAUCCUCUCCUUCACUCUGUAUCCCAAGGUCGAUCUUCCUAUGCAAGUCUAUGCAGAAGAGGAAUUGAUGCAACCAACUUACUUAGACUUGGAAGACGCACGCUCUCGCAGGCUAUAUUUUAAGGGCAGCAAUGACACACUCUGGGAUCCGUCGUUUCCAACACAGGAAUGCGAGACCCGGUGGUUUCCAGAGCGGCAUUGGACCCGCCAGGCAGAGGAGGCGCCUCAAGUGGAGGUGCGUGCCAAUCAAACUGCGGAUCAAACUACUAAUCAAACUACCACUCAAUCUGCUAAUCAAACUACCAAUAGCACUUCCAAUUACAAAGGAACGCAACUGUAUGGAAGCGUGGCGGCGCAACACGCUAUCUGGAGGCAUCAGCAUCCGAGAACUUGUCACGACAAGAAGUUCAUUGUCUAUGAGGCCUUGGGUCCCGAGCAUGGCAUCGGCACAAUUUUGCACGCGAUAGGGGUUGCUCUCCAAGCCGCCCUAAACCUUGACCGCAUAUUGGUUUUAUACCCACAGCCAAAUUUUGAGUGGGUCAAUGGAUGGUUCUGCCAGAACUCAACGUCUCUGGACAGUUGUUACUUAGAGCCGCUUUCGAAUUGUACCGCGCAACACGCUUUUGGAAAUAGGAGCGUAGACUUGGAUAAUAUGUGGAGAUAUUCGGAGCUGAGUUUGGACACCUACUACCGCAACGAGUCGGACUGGAGAUUUACUGAGAGGGUACUAGGAUCCUCUGUGAGAAGAGUGAAGAAAGAUUUCGAGGAAUCAGCGAAUAUUAUGCAGGUUUUGAGGGGUGAGACGCCACACAUGUUUCACAGCUUGUUGAAUAAGGGGAAUAUCUCGAAUGACUUCUAUCACUGGUGGCGCGCUCAAAGUAUUGCUUACAUCGUGCGGCCUAACUCUCGAUUCUUGCAUGAGCUGGGACUACGUCGAAAUUUUUACUUUAACAAGCAGGUGAUCGAACGUGGCACCAUAUCCGUGCACAUCCCCUACGGCAAUCGGUGGAAGGAGGAUCGAACUGCUAACAACGAAGCGUUCUUGCAAGCUGCUGAAUCUCUGGUAAAUCAGUACCCCAAUGACCUUCAGCGCAAGAUUUUUUUGAGCACAGAAGACCCUGAGACAGUUGGCUUCUUUUCGAAGCUGGAUAAUUGGAAGGUUCAAUACACUACCGUGUCCCGCGUUGCGACUGAUGGCAAUGUGACUCAUCCCAAUUUGGCUUUAAAUAACUUUGCCUCACGAUAUGGAUGGGACGAAGAGUUUAUCAAUAGUAUUCUCAACUUGCAAAUAGCCUUGGAGUGUGAUGGCUUCGUAGGACAGCUUAGUUCCAACUGGAAUCGACUCAUCGACGAGCUCCGCUCUACAGUUCGCUGCAAGUACAAUCAAAUGUAUGUAGAUGUUGUACAAGGUUUUAAUAUAUCAAACUACUUUUGGUGAUCAGAUCGAAAAUCACCUCAACAAUCCCGAUUCUGUAAGGAA